AUGUUUAAUAUGAUAAGCGACAAUAAGCAUGACCACUUCAUGCGAGAAGCUCUACAGGAGGGCAAGAAGGCCUUGGUUCGGGAGGAAGUGCCCGUCGGGUGCGUGUUCGUGUACAAAGGCGAGAUCAUCGCACGCGCAUCAAACCGCGUUAAUGAGCGUUGCAAUGCUACAAUGCAUGCCGAGAUCGUUGCGAUUGAAUGUAUCGCUACCGCGUAUGGCAACAACGCAAACGAAGUACUGGCUGAGUGUUCGUUGUAUGUUACAUGUGAACCAUGCAUCAUGUGUGCUGGAGCACUUGCACAUGUCUUUAUCAAGCGUGUGUACUAUGGCUGUCACAACGAUCGCUUUGGAGGCUGUAGCUCCGUCUUGAACUUGUACGAGCGCAGCGCACUUCCAAACAGCAAUGUACAUCGAGGCUUUUCCUGCGUUUCGGGUAUUCUCAAAGACGAGGCUAUCACGCUACUCAAAAAAUUUUACACAAGCGAGAAUCCACGAGUGGAAGAUUCCAAGAAGAAGAGAAAGAAAAUGCAGCUCAGCAACUGA